UCUCUUUCUCCCGCUAUCCUCUUCUCCUUUAGCUAUCUUUUCUGCUCUAUAAUAAAUUAUUCUCUUUCUUGAGGCCGCCCAUGAAGAAAUUUUUACCCUUGGUAACUAUUUAUUUUUAUAUAAAGGCCUUGCCCAUGUCCAUGUAUGGGAAAUCUUUCGUCCAAUGAUACUAUCAAACUCAAUGGAAAACUUAUGGUCUUUCUAUUCCGAACAAAUGGACGACCAGAAGGGUGUGGAUUUGUCUUCUUGCUUGCUCCUUGAAGCUUCUGGUGAUUCUGAGGUUGAUUUUGAUCCCAACUUAGCCAUUAAUGAUCUGGUUGAUGAUGACGCAGAAUCAUGCAGCUGUGAUGUGUCAGAUUAUUAUUCUUGUGUUGGUGAUCUCAGUAAUGCCUGUGAAGUUGAGCAAGCAUCUGUUACUCAUGUGGUUGAUGAUCAUAAGGAGGUGGAAGAGGAGCAAGAAGACGAGAUUCAAGAAGACGAGGUUCAUGGUUAUCAUCAAGAAUGGGCUAAUGGGUUAACACUGAAUCAGAAAUCAUGUGUUUCUGUUGAGUCGAUCAAUGAUCAAAUGAAUGAGAUGGAGAAGAACAGGCUCUUCUGGGAGACUUGCUUGGCAUCCUGAAGUCUGGCUAUUUAGUUUUUUUUUUUUAUGUCAUAGCUUUCUAACCUUUUUCUCAUUCAUUUUGCAUGACUAUUUUUCUCCAUUUUCUAGGUUUUGUUGUUAUUACUGUUAUUAAUUUUUUGUUUUUAUAGAUUCCAUGGGAUGAGAAAGAGGGGAUCAAGAGGUUAGGCAUAGUUCAAAUCCUUGAUAGAUAAACAAUUGUACAGAUGAUAUGCAGCUUGAAGCCUUUUUUUUCCAUUUUGUAAUUUGUGGAAGUGUGCAGAUAAUCUGCAAAUCAUACAACUGGUUUCAUACUUUCAUUCCAUGA